AUGUCUGUAUUUGAGCCUGCAGUUGUCAAGAGCCUCAUCAAGAACUCGCUUCCUCAAAAUGAAAAGGCUGUAUUUGAGAAUAAAUGGAAAACAGCGGUGCAGAAACGAGUGAAGACAUGGACAGAGAAUCGUCCCACUCUGUCCAGCAAAGCUCAAACAGCCCAGUUUGAAUGGGCUGCGAACGUAGUCGAGUAUGUUGACUAUAUCUACAAGGUGACAAAAGUCCAUGGAAAUAAGAAAUUAGCAAGCACUACAGCCCCACAGAAUGUGAAGAUAGACAUACCAUUAUAUGGUCCUCAAUUCAUCCCUCCCACUUAUUUUCACCUGGAAAAGCGUCAAUUCCAGCCAACCAUCAAGCCAGAAUUAACAUACCUCAAACCGCUUAAUGUUAUUCAUCCGUCCUUUCACAAGAACCUUGAAAAAUGUCCAGCAUGUGGGGUGACUGAUGGUGUGGCUUGGAGUGGCUGGACAUCAACAGGGCUGAGAGAUUUGCAUGGGCUCCAAGUUGAGGAGACAGCCCUCGGAUAUCAACUGCGUUGUCAGCUAUGUUUACUGGGAGAAGUGGGAGUUCUGGGAAAUACCGUGUAA